AUGGCUAAUCAUGAUACUUUCGCGGCCGGUGCCGAGAAUCAUGCGAAUACCAAUGCCAAUGCCAAUGCCAAUACAGCUUCGCCUCCAGCCCAUCACCUACGCCAAGAUGAACAAUCUAGCAUCGAACCAAGUGUCUUACCAUUCCCCCUUCUAGAGGGAUCUUCCCCCCCAAAUCCAUCGUCUACCUCCAAAGUCGACGAACAAGGAAAUACUCGAAGUAGAGGAGCAUCAAGUACAUUGGGUAGUAUUCGGCGAGUUUCGAAAGUCUUUGAAGAAUCGAAUCCGCCGACAGGAUUUUGUAUUGCGUCGGGACAAAUCGCAGCGCAGGUACCUUCGAUCACGGAUAUUCGACGAGGAAGUUUUGGCGUCGAGGGUUGGUCAAGCGAGGGCCAGGUAAGAGAAAUACGGAGACGCGCAAGCUCUGCUCGAAGUUCCUUCUCACAAUUGGGAGACCAGGAUAAGAGUAGGAGAAAGGAUUCGGCCGGUAUGAAUACUUCCGAUCAAGUCCCAUCGGGUACGGAAACCAAAUAUGGUGUUCUUUCUGAAGCUCCAGAGGAAGAGGAUCAUUCACAUGCGCAUUCGCUUCUGAGAAGUACUUCUACGGCUACGAAUCCAGAUGUUAGGAAUGAGGUGCUUGUGACACCGAAUUCUAGUGUGCGGAUUAGCAGCGAUGCCACCCGCGCGUCUCACAAUGCGAAGAUAGAUGAUGAAUACCGAACCACUCCUUUCGAUAACGGAUACCAAUUUCCGCCCAAACAUUCAUGGCAAGUAUCAACGGCCAUCUUUUUCAAAGCCUUUUGGCAAUUCUUCAUCACUCCCGUGGGAUUUCUCGUUACGGUUUACGGAUUGAAUGUAGUUGCGUGGGGCGGUAUGCUCUUUCUACUCCUCUGCAAUGCGUCGCCCGCCAUGUGCAAACCCACUUGCAACGACAUCAAUUCUCCUCGCCGCGUCUGGAUCGAAAUUGAUUCGCAAAUCCUCAAUGCUCUUUUCUGCGUAACGGGAUUCGGAACCAUUCCCUGGCGCUUUCGCGACCUGUAUUAUCUCCUCCAGUACCGGAUUGGAAAAAACGAAAUGGGAUUGAGAAGAUUGGCGGGGAUCAAUCGAUCUUGGUUUCGUCUCGCGGGCUCGGAGUCUUUGUCCCCGGAAAUCGGUCCUUCGCAACUCGAUGUCCAAGAUUCUGGUACUUCUCUCCCUCAAGCAAGUCUCGCGUUUCCUCUCGAGAAAUCGCCGGAUGCACCAUUAACGGGUGUUCGAGCCCCCGCGACCGCAAUGUGGAAACUCGAUUUUGUGGUCUGGACCAUGGUGUGGAAUACCUUCCUCCAAGCCGUCCUCGCGGGGUUCAUGUGGGGACUCAAUCGGUACGAUCGUCCGUCGUGGAGUACGGGACUUUUUGUGGCGCUAGCGUGUAUGGUUGCGGCGGCGGGGGGCAUCAUGUCGUUUGUGGAGGCGAAAAAAGUCAAGGCGAUUGAGGGAGUGCUGGUGAGUGAGGAGGAUAGAGAGAGAUUAAGGGUGGAUAGGGAGUUGGGGGUGGUGCAUUGGAAUAAUAUUAAAGAUGAGGGGCCGAAGGAGAAGGAAAGGGAUGGGAAGGGGAAGGAGAUGAAAGGGGAAAAGAGGAGAGAGGAAGAAGCGAGGAUGCGGGAAAGUAUUAGAGAAGGUGUUGCGCAGGUUGUUAGGUAG